AUGACCGACGCAGAAGAACGGAAGGACAACACGUCGAUAGAGCCUACCCCGCGAUCAACUGGCCUGGUUGCAGGCUCUGCCAGCACGGUGCUCCACGGCCACACUGCACAUGGAGGGCACAACGAACGAGACAUGUCGAGCCAUGACCCGAGCAUGUCUAGUCUGCUCUCCAAUGCAAGCGAAACCCGACAGACCGUAGAUCGCGAGCGACUCAGCGCAGUGCGCUCGCACUCGCCGAGCUAUAGCGACGCGCCCAUCACGAGCGGCUCGAGAUCGCCAAGUCAAUCUACAUCUAUGACAUUUUCGAUGAGCGCGCAAGAUCAGCGACAGAGCGAACGAUCAGCCCGCCAGCGAGCGCGGGACAAGUGGCUGGCAAAGAAGACGCCCGAGGAGCGGGCGGAGCUAACUCGUCGCAACACUGAGAACAAGCGGCAGUCGAGGUUAAAUCAGAAGCGCCAGAGACAGCAAAAGAUGCUGGAGCAACAGCAGCAAGACUGGCGUGAGCAGCAGAGGACUAUCGGGGCGACGCACUCUUCUGAUCGACGAGCGAGUCCAGACAACCAGAGCACACCCAGCGGCUCUUCUGACUACCAGCACUCAUCAGGGCCAGCCUCUGCGCACGCUGCUUUUGCAUCACCAGACGAGUCAGGCUCACCGAUCGACUACCGGCCAGCCGCUGGCCCUUCUUGCGAGUCUGGUACCGUGCCUGCUUUGGCUUUACCUGUCGCCCUUUCGAGUCCGAUCGUCCGGCAAAUCCGACCGAGCGCAGUCUCUGAUGCGACACCAGAACAUGGCGCACGAGAUGGUAAUCUGGCUUACUGUCGAUGUAAAGGCUGUCGCGAAGCAGCGCAUGCCAACGGCCGAUGGAUCCAUAAACGAACGUUCAGUCGGCAUCGCCGCUUGUUGCUCGACGAGCAGGCCAAACGUCGUGCUGCCCAACAAGAACGCAUGUGCUCCAGUCGAUCAGCCUCUGCUGAGCAGUCUGAUAGUGGCUCGUCCUCAAACCAAUCAAGACAGGGUCUAGACGCCGACUCUUCCCAUGAUACCCCGCUUCGAUCGCAGACUCUGCCUUUGUCGAUGUACGAAGUCAGCACGACGCAUGCAUCCUUGCCCCGUCUGCGUCUCCAGACAUCUCUCGUUCGCCAAGUCGACGAACGACCCGAACCUGAACUCCCGCAAGCAAAGCGUCACGCUUUCUCCCGAGGUGAACACUCUCGUCCUAUUCUGCCUCCCUUGCCAAUGCCUAGAAGGCUCUCUUCAGGCGGUCCAGAGCUUUCAGGUCGGUCCUCUCAUGAUUCGAACCGCAAUGCUGCCAUGGAAUCUUAUCGGUCCACGCACGUAUCACCGCGGCCCUCCUAUGCUUAUCGUACCCUUUCUGCAUCCUCUGCUAUCUCGCACUCGGUGACGCAGGACUCGGUGACGCCCUUGACACCCUUGACGCCGAUGACAGAGUCGCCCGCGUACAAGUCCUCACGGCGAGAGUCUUUCGGCUUUCCCGCCAUCUCGACGAUGGCACCGGCAAUAUCAAUUCAGCAGCAAUUGGCCUCCCGUGAUCCUGUCGUGCGUCUGCCCGACCCGACGUCACCCCGUAGCGUGCGACCACCCAGCAGAAUAGACACAUCUUUACAUCUUAGACAGAUCAUUGACACACAGACGAAUCGGUCCCGAGGCGAAGUGUACAGCGAAACGUUCAAGCAGCAACUGCUGCGCGAAGCAUCUGAGCAAGACUUGCUUUCGUCUAAGAACCCGGCGUACAUCAGUCUUCUCGACAGAGAUGCUGCUCGCGAGAGAGAGCUACUACACCUGAGGCAAAGAUUGAAGCAAUUCGUAGCACAGCAACCCACCAACGCGAUGCAAGGCGAAUACACGUAGCAAGCUUCCGAGGAACUACCUCUUGCGCUGUAGAAUUGUACAUGUCCACGACAAUGGAUGCCUACGCAUGGACUCCUUCUCCUUCGUGAAACAAUGCUUCUUGUGGGGUCUUGCGAGGAGUCAGCGGACACUUGCGAGCUUGCGCCAGCACCGACGCGUAUCGUAAUGCAUACGCACGUACGCACAUGCGCCUCGGACUAUUGACGUCAGACCUGAGAUGACCACCAAGACGGCUUUGGGCGGCUACAAGGUCGGCAUACCCAUCAUUCCGCCCGUCGAGGCCCUGACGAGCUGCACGCCAG